AUGCUACUGCUGUGUAUAGCAGAACAUCAACUUCAACAUCAUCUAAUCCAUUUCCAUCUUCAAAGUGGACCACUUAUUCCGAGUCACCGGCUUCGACAGUCUGAAAGCCUUGACGCAGCGCUUCUGCAAUCUAGUGGACGAGGAAAUGAAGGAGGAGAAGAAAGAACCAUCGCCGAAGCCAGUAGAGGUUGCUAGUCG